AUAUAUCCCAAGUAAAGCGCUCAGCUCAGCUGUCUCCCAGCAAUCCGCGAUUCACCAUCCCGUUCUGUCUGGUGGGCCUGGAACUUUAUACCUCCCUGUGCUGUUCACACCUUUCUCCUCACGCCCGCGGGAAUAACGGGCGACCCAUCGUGUUCUUAGUGGUGAUGGUGAUUGACAGAUGAUUUGACAGAGGAAGACAAGAUCGAUAGUCUCUGUGGUUAUUAUGGGCUGUGUCCACUGUAAACAGAAGAAGGCAGCAGCCAAGGCGUCUGUUGCCGAGGUAUCUGACCCGUCACCUAGCAACGGCCCUGACGGAGGCGUGUCAAAUGUAUUUGCCACACCCCGUUAUCACCCUGACCCCACGAUACCAGACUUCAACAAGCCGUUUGGUUCCGCCUGUUUCCCCACUACCAACUCACAACCCCGCGCUGGGGUUAUUACAGGUGGAGGUGUAACUCUCUUCAUAGCGCUGUACGACUAUGACGCCCGUACCGAAGAUGACCUGACCUUCCAGAAGGGGGAGAAAUUCCACAUCAUCAACAACACAGAGGGGGACUGGUGGGAAGCUCGCUCCCUGGACACCGGGAACUCCGGAUACAUCCCCAGUAACUAUGUGGCUCCUGUGGACUCGAUACAGGCUGAGGAGUGGUAUUUUGGGAAGAUGGGGAGGAAGGACGCAGAGAGACAGCUUCUUGGACAAGGGAACCCCAGAGGAACAUUCCUCAUCAGAGAGAGUGAGACGACCAAGGGUGCAUACUCUCUGUCUAUUCGUGACUGGGAUGAUGAUAAAGGUGACCACGUGAAGCAUUAUAAGAUCAGGAAACUGGACAGUGGAGGAUAUUACAUCACAACACGCACCCAGUUUGACACUGUGCAACAACUGGUGGAGCACUACACAGAGCGAGCGGCAGGUCUGUGCUGUAGGUUGAUUGGCAGCUGUAGACGUGGCAUGCCGAAACUAGCCGACCUGUCUGUGAAGACCAAGGAUGUGUGGGAGAUUCCCAGGGAGUCUCUACAGCUGAUUAAGAAGCUGGGCAAUGGGCAGUUUGGAGAAGUCUGGAUGGGUAUGUGGAACGGCACCACCAAGGUAGCGGUGAAGACACUGAAGCCAGGCACCAUGUCCCCAGAGGCCUUCCUGGAAGAGGCUCAAAUCAUGAAGAGGCUGAGGCAUGACAAACUAGUGCAGCUGUAUGCUGUGGUGUCUGAAGAGCCCAUCUACAUCAUCACUGAGUUCAUGAGCCAAGGAAGCUUAUUGGAUUUCCUGAAGGAUGGGGAAGGUGGGAGUCUGAAAUUGCCUCAACUGGUGGACAUGGCUGCACAGAUAGCGGCUGGCAUGGCGUACAUAGAGCGUAUGAACUACAUCCACCGCGAUCUUCGAGCCGCCAACAUUCUGGUCGGUGAUAAUCUGGUGUGCAAGAUCGCUGACUUUGGUCUGGCCAGACUCAUAGAGGACAACGAGUACACUGCCAGGCAAGGAGCCAAGUUCCCCAUUAAGUGGACUGCUCCCGAAGCAGCUCUGUAUGGACGCUUCACCAUCAAGUCCGACGUGUGGAGCUUCGGCAUCCUGCUCACUGAGCUCAUCACAAAAGGCCGUGUACCAUACCCAGGUAUGAACAACCGUGAAGUUCUGGAGCAGGUGGAGAGGGGAUACAGGAUGCCGUGCGCUCCAGGCUGCCCCGCCUCCCUCCAUGAGCUGAUGGUGCAGUGCUGGAGGAGAGAGGCUGACGAGAGGCACACCUUUGAAUACCUGCAGGGCUUCCUGGAGGAUUACUUCACUGCUACCGAGCCGCAGUACCAGCCUGGGGAGAACCUGUGACCACGCACACGCCCUACUGUUACUGUCAGCUUAUCUGCUCUUCAUGUAUGUUAUAUAUUGUCAGGCCAGAGCAAUCAAACCCAGAGUUACCCCUCUCCUUCCAGUCUGUGCUCAGCUGGCCAGACCCAGCAGAGGACAGUAUAAUGAGGCCGUGGCUAAAUAGCGUUAAUGUCUUACAGCGACAACAGGGCUCCGUCCUCCACAUGGAAGGUUCCGGUUUGGGUCGGGGGGGGGGGGGGGGGUUAGGG